AUGUUAGAAGAGGAUAAGGAAUGUUUUAUCGAAAAUCUAGAGGACGAAGAUAAAGGCAUCUCAAUUAUAAAUCUAAAUCGACCAAGCACAAAAAAUGCGAUAUCGCACAAGUUUUUGAUGGAAUUUUAUGAUGCAAUAGGAAAAAUACGAAAUGAAUCUAGCAGUCGUGUUGUUUUACUAAGGAGUCUUGUUAAUAAUGCAUUCUGUUCUGGAGCAGAUUUAAAGGAGCGUGCUGGCAUGUCUCCAUCAGAUGUGACAAAGUUUAUUCAUAACCUAAGACGAACAUUUCGUGAACUUGAAACACUCCCAAUUCCAACAAUUGCCGUAAUCGAUGGUGUAGCCUUGGGUGGAGGUCUUGAAUUGGCGCUUUGUUGCGAUUUAAGAGUUUCUGGUGAAAAUGCUAAAUUGGGACUUCCAGAAACGAAGCUAGCCAUUAUUCCUGGGGCUGGAGGAACACAACGAUUAGCACGAGUAAUUGGAAUUGCAAAGGCUAAGGAAUUGAUUUAUACAGGCCGUAUGUUGAGUCCUAAAGAUGCAUUGGAUCUUGGAAUUGUAAACUAUUGUGCACAGGAAGGAUCAUCGUAUCCGAUUGCGCUUAAAUUAGCCAGAGAGAUUUUGCCAAGCGGUCCUAUUGCUCUUCGAAUGGCAAAAUUAGCUAUUGACCGGGGUAGUCAGUUAGAUUUAGAUUCAGCUUUAGAAUUUGAAAACGCUUGUUAUGAACAAGUUAUUCCAACUGAAGAUAGGAUCGAAGUGUUUGAGAUUCAAAUUUUACGGGUUACCAAUAACAAUAUUAAACUUUUAACAACCUGCUCAAAGCCUGUAAUAUUUGAAUCACAUAAGGGAACUAAUAAUUUCAGAACAAUUUGUGAAGAGCCAAUCUUAAAUUAUCUUGAGUUUGCCAAGGCGCUGAAAACUUUGAAGAUUCGUUUCACAUUAUUGGCAAAUUCAAAUCAGCAAAUUGUCAAAAGGGUUGUGGUAGUUUGA